AUGAGAGACCUGAAGCCUAAAGGAGACAGACAGUAUAAUAUAAAGACGAACUCAAUCACUUCUUAUUUACUUCACAGAUACCUUGAGUUCUAUUUGCCAGGCUUUUUGUUAUCUGCUGAUAAGUUUUUUAUGGUUGGCCAGAAAAUAAUAAUUUAUGUCAUGGUAGAUAACUUCUCCAAGAUGCCUUGGAUACAUCUGGGUCCCCUCCGUACAUUAAAAGUUUUUGAAAUUAAACGAGAGAAGAGAUGGCAAGAUAUCAGGAUGAUGCGCAUGAAAACCAUCAGUGAACUCAUUGUCAACCACAUCCAAUAUGAAGUUGACUUCCUGUUCUGCAUGGACGUGGACCAAACCUUCAGAAAAAAAUAUGGAUUGGAGACUCUGGGAGAGUCAGUAGCUCAGUUACAUACUUAUUGGUAUCAGGUAAAUCCUAAUCUAGUACCUUAUGAAAGAAGUCAGUUAUCAGAAGCAUAUAUACCUAUGAACAAGGGAGAUUUUUAUUACCAUGCUGCUGUUUUUGGUGGCACUCCCCUUCAGGUUCUUGAUAUUGCCAGGGAGUGCUCCAAAGGAAUCAUCAAUGAUAAGAAAAAUAACAUUGAAGCAGUGUGGCAUGAUGAAAGCCACCUAAACAAGUAUUUCUUUCUCCAUAAACCCACCAAAAUAUUAUCACCAGAAUAUUGCUGGGAUUUUAAUCAUGAAAGGAAUUCCGAUAUCAAAACUGUCAAACUCUCUUGGAAUCUUAAGUAUUAUAAAUUUCUCAGAGUGACAGCAUAAUUUUAUAGCCCUUCCUUUAUAUUUCUGAAUUUAAGGGCAUCAUUUUGUCUCAUUCUUUAGAAAAUUAUCUUAUUCCUUAGAAAAUUUGCACUCUACAAAAUUUAGCACUAAAAAAAUCACAAACAAAAUGGCAAGCCCACUACAGAGCAAACUUACACUUUCCCUUAUGUUCAUUUUGAAUCAUACAACAUGAGAUUUAAUAGUUGCAAAUAGGUUUACUGAAAUCAGAAGAAGAUAUGAAUGUUGAAAUAUUAUUUGUUGGAUCGUAUCAAACAAAAUUGAUUCUGUUACAAGAAAAUGAAAUGUGAAAUACUUUCAUUGAUCCAAGUAGAUAAAAAUUUUUCUAUUCCUUAAGGAAAUGAGUUAUCUAGAGGUGUGGGGAAAAGAAGAUCCCUACAACUAUAUUAAUAUGCCCUAUAUGUAAAACUUAGAAAACAUGGAAGCUGUCACCAAACUUUGAGUCAUUCUGAAAGAGCUAUAUACUUUAAAACUACAAAGUUGUUUGUUGUAAAAACUUAUGAAAAGAAAAUAAAAAUAUACAGAGAGAAAA